GUUCAUCCUUCCGUCAGACUAUUGACGAAGGCUUAUCAGAUGAAACUGGAAAAACAAGACAAUGUUUACCAAUAGUCUUGCUUGCCAAGCUCAUGACAAGACAGAUGUCAGAAGACACUAGUUUAGCAACUAUACCAGCCUCUUUGUUUGUUUUUUGGGGCUGUCUGAGGUAAGUGGAGUGCAGAGUGAUCUGACGUGUCAGAGAAAUUAUGUUAUCAGAUGAAACUGAAGAAUGGCCUCCUUGUGGUCUGAGACUGUCUGAGACUGCCCGAGGAUGUGCAGAGUGAUUGGAAUUGGCAGGGAACGCAUGACAGACAUAGUUGGGAAAUGCUGGUAAAAUAAAACCCAUAACAUUUUCAGAAACAUCAAGAUCACCAGUGUGCUGGAUUUAUCCAUUAUUUUCUAAGAUUGGGAAGACAUGGCUGCAGAGAGGUUGCAUGGUCCUCAAAGGCAUCGUCUGUGUCUGUGGAGGAAGAAUGUACAUGAUCUCUCCUGCAGGCUGCUGUGCUGCUGCUGCUCCUGUGUGGGAGGUGAGGACAAAGAACUACUACCAGACCAGAGCCAGAGAGGGCAGAGCGGGGAGAGGGAUACACAGCUGGAGUGGACUUGUCUGGGGGAUGACCAGGGGAUCUCAGGGGAGGGAGAGGCCAGUGCUAUCCACAUCACGGUGGAGGAUCUUGGGCUGGCCAACCCUAGCUUCACUCUGACCAAAGAGGUUGCACCAGUCCAGAUGCUCAGUGCUGUUAGUCCAUCUUCCAGCUCUGUGUCGGCCGUCCGCAGGGCACUGAAGAAGAAAAGACUGCUGAAGCCUCUGUGCUCCCUUCCUCUCCAGCCGGGAGGAGACCAGCCGGGAGGAGACCAGCCGGGAGGAGACCAGCCGGGAGGAGAGCAGCCGGGAGGAGAGCAGACAAAGAGGAGAAGCCAAGCCAGCGAGGAAGAGCCUGGGGCACACCAGAGGAGAAACAUUACAGGUGAGGGGGAGCAGAGUGAGGCAAUGGAGGAGAAGGAGCAGGAGAUGGAGGUAGCGAAGGAGGAGGACUCAAUUCUGUUUGACACACCUGGCGGCUCAGGUACAGGUAGCCUCCUCACCCCACCUGUCAUCAACCUGAUCCCUCCCACUCCCUCUGACGUCAUCGAUGAAGACCAGUUCUUUGAUGACAUCAUCUCGGACGAGGAGAGCGUGGCGCACACGUAUGGGACUGGUAGUGAUGGGAGUAGCAACACCGCCGGAGACCGGGAAGAAGAGGAAGAGGAGGAGAGGAUGGAGGAUUUGGACCAGGAGCCUGAAGAGGAGGGGACCAAGAGAGACGCAGAGACCCAGGAGAGGCAAAUGGUGGAUGGGAGUAAAGGGUAUCUGGGAGAACCAGACCAGGAGGUGCUCCUUCACGCUCCAGCCCCUGAGAGGGAGGGGGAGGUCAGGACUGCUGAGGAGAAGGAGAGACCCAAGCCCAGCUUCCUCUGUAGUGCCUACCAGGUGGCUCCUCUACCUGAGCCCCCCCGGAAGAGGAGCUUCAACUCGAGCAUCAAUCUGCUGUUGUUCACUGAGCACAAUCUGGAUGACUGGAGCAACGCGGACGCCAGUUGCCAUGAGUUCCUGAGAGCAGAACUGCGACUGCUUCCUCUCAGUACCAAGAUGGAGGCCUCUAUCUACCAAAGGAAACCUGGAGCAGCUUGUUCCUGCAGUCUGGGCGGGGCCACCACUGUGACCAUUCCUAGAAGCCACACCUUCCACUCCUUAUCCAAUCAGAGCCCUGACCACGCCCAGGAGGAGGAAGGAUCACCGCGGCAACGGCGCAUCACAGUUGCAUCAUUCAUGCCACAGCCUAAUGACCAGAAUGGAAGCUUCCCAGAGAAGGAUUUCGACAGACAAGGGGGAAAACCUCUAGGAGAGUUGAACACAGAAGAAGUCUGCCAGUGGUUCAGCAGUAUUGGCCUUCAGAAAAGCCUCCAGUUCAUCAGAGAGGCAGAGCUGUGUGGGGCUGAUAUAGCCUCCAUAGACCUCACCACCCUCGAUGUCCUUCACAUCUCCAGCGUGCAGGAGAGAGAGCAGCUUUUGUCAGCCAUCUACAGAGAACUGCACCCACCAUCCACAACCUCACAGAGACUGGACUUACUACUGGAAACCUUGGAUCCUAAUGACGUAGAGAAAUUCAUAGCAGCAUUAGUGAAUAUGAGCAAAUCAAAGUCCUCUCUGCAAAUAAACUGCCUCAACAUGAAUCCAAUGAAUUCCUUCAAGUUCAGCCCUAACCUGAUGGUCCAGAGGACCUCUCAGCUGAUGGAGAUCACCAUAAAUGGUUCUUCAGAGGAGCUGAUACCAGACCAACAUGUAUCUGAUCUGGUGAUCUCCGAGAACCAACAACUAGAGCUGCAGCUGUGCAAAAAAGCGAAGGCUAAAAGUGUAAGCAAGGCCCCAACCCCUGGUGUUAAUGGUUACCAUGACAACGGACAUGUCAGUCAGAACCGCCAGAUACAGCCGAUACAGGUGGUCAGCCUGCCAGGUAAAGAGGAAAAGAUCCGGGAGCUCAACCAACAGGUGGACUCUCUACAAAACGUUAUCCUACAGGUGCAGGAGAUCCACCACGGCCUGGUAGCAUUCUGUUCGGAGCUGAAGAGCAUGGGUGUAGAGGUGGACACGUCAGGGCUGAGCUUCCCUGAGCUGGAGCAGCGCCUGGGGCUGGCUAUGAGACUGCUCAGGGACAAGAGACACAGUCUACAGAGCCUCAGAGAGACCAUGAGAGAUGCAGGCGCUCACAGGAACAAGCCAUCAGAGGUUUGUCUUCUGGAUAAGAUGAAGUUGAACUGUCAGGUGUUUAAAGAAGAGAUCUCCCUGGUUUACAUCAACAGACAGGUGUCACGUCUACAGACAGCACUACAAGACAGUCUAGAAAAGGUGAAUGGGGUACCGGUGAAUGAUGAUGGGGUACAGUGAAGAGGAGCUGAGCCCCCUACUCCGCCAGGGACCAAGUGCUCAGAUAAUCAUCCUGAGGAGACCUCCUCCUCCUCCCAGACCCCCCCUUUGAAGCAACAUCCUCCAUUAGGAUACACCUAGUACCACCAGGCAAUCCCAUCAAGCAUGACAUUGACACCCAAUAGGCCACCAGGCUGAUCCCAUCUACCAUGAGAUUGACACCCCAUAGACACCAGGCUGAUCCCGUCUAUCUUUAAGCAUGACAGUGUAGUCCAGAACAGCACUGCCGCCCCCCGGCUCCAUGAGGUCUAAGUCCAUCAACCCUGUCAACCAACAAGCUGAGACCCACAACCUGGUAAACCCUGAGCCCCUCUCUACUCUACCACCACAAUGAGCAUCAGGAAUCUGGGGUCUCCACUGAGUCUCUCUACUCUACCACCACAAUGAGCAUCAGGAAUCUGGGGUCUCCACUGAGUCUCUCUACUCUACCACCACAAUGAGCAUCAGGAACCUGGGGUCUCCACUGAGCCUCUCUCUACUCUACCACCACAAUGAGCAUCAGGAACCUGGGGUCUCCACUGAGCCUCUCUACUCUACCACCACAAUGAGCAUCAGGAACCUGGGUUCUCCACUGAGCCCCUCUCUACUCUACCACCACAAUGAGCAUCAGGAACCUGAGGUCUCUACUGAGCCCCUCGCUACUCUGGAGACUGAGGUCUUUACUGAACCCCUCUCUAUUCUGGAGAUGGAGGUCUCUGGUCCAUAGUAAAGUAUGCCUGUUCCAUUUGUUAGUCCCUGUAUUGUCCAUAGUAAAAAAAAUACACCUGUAGAUCUGCUCGUAACAAGAAGGACUCUAGUGUCCUAGAGAACACAGUGUUAAUGUUUGUGAACUGUUUGCCCUGCUGAACAUACCGCAGAUAUGUUGUAAAGUAGUAGAUGUUUUAGUUUAGAUCGGAUGUUUCUGUUUCAUGUCAUUGUUAUUCGUCUCUGAUUCUGAUCAGAAGUACAUCCUUGUCUUUUGUUUUAUUGAUCCUUCAUUUAACCAGGAGGUCAGAAGAUCUCUUCAAGGGGAAGAGAUCUGUCAACUUCAUUAUGGGUUUGUCUUAAUGAUAUGUUCCCAUUGAAACCCACAUGGAUAGGACUCAACGUUUGGUUAAUACACACACAAUCCUAAUGUCUUAUCCAUAUCGUCCAUUGGAUGGGUGGAUCACUCAGAAACAAAUGUAUAAAAAUCAUAUUUCAUGGGAAAAAGAGAGAGUUUAUGUCCAUUCAACCAUGUCGGUGAGUUAAACAUGAAUAAAUCAACGUUUAAA